AAUCAAAACCCCAUUAAUCUCAUUAGUAUCUUUCUCUCUAUCUCACAAAAACUUAUCUUUAUCUCUGGCUUCUUCACAAGCAACCAAGCUGUCUCUUGUUGGAUAUGUAGUUGGCUUGUUGGAAGCACAGAGGCACAGUCCUCUUAACCCAUCAAAAAUAAACCUCUUUUUUUCUUUCUUUCCCUCCUCCUCCUCUCUUUUUUAUCUCUCUUUCGCUAAUUCUUGUGCUUCUACUUCUACAUACACGCAUAACCCAGAGCCAUUAGAGAAAAGGAUCAUAAAGCUGGUGGUGUGGUCGUGAUGCUCUCUUUUCUCUUAUGAGACUGUGAGUUAGGUCCCAUUUAAACUUUGUAAUCUUGUUUGCUUUCGAAUUCUGAAACCUGUUUUUUUUUUUUUUUUAUUAUUCUUCUAAGUGCAAUAACUUCUUCAAUCUUUGAGAGUGUGUCUGUGUGUCUGGUGAGAAAAUUAGGACCUUAGAUUGCGGCCUUUCGCAUCAUUAACCUUGGAAAACCACGUAUUAUAUUAGGGCAUUUUGUGAAGCUUGGGAUCAGAAAUAUUUCUUAAUCAUUAUUAUUUUGGUAUAAUCUUCAUCAACUCCCAGAUUUCAAAAGUUUUGAUAAAUAUGAAGACUAGAUCGAUAAUUGAAAUUUUCCACUGCUAGCUACAGUGUUAGUAUCUGUCUACUAGCGUAGGAGAUCUCAGAUAUUUAUAGUUAUGGAAUUAAGAGGUCAAGAAAUCAAUGAUAUGAGAACGUCAGUACCUUCAAGUUUUAGUCACCAAUCAUCAGGAUUGGAAAGAAGAAGAGAUGGGAAUCACAAUGGCAACACAUCUCUCACUUACACCCAAACCCUAGAUCACCAUAGACAACCAUUACUUCCCCAAGCAAGAUCUCCCAACACAGAUCGACUUUCAACCAUUUCAAAAGGAUCCAACUCCAAGACAUCCAAUGUCAGGUAUCGAGAAUGCCUCAGGAAUCACGCCGCCAGCGUCGGUGGCAACGUUUUCGACGGCUGCGGUGAGUUCAUGCCGGGGGGAGAAGAGGGCACACUCGAAGCUUUAAAAUGUGCGGCUUGUGAGUGCCACCGCAACUUCCACCGCAAAGAGGUAGAUGGGGAGACCCAAUUCAGUCCGAGUUCGAGAAGAAGUCCCUUAGUCCUUCAGUUGCCACCACCAUUACCCUCUCCAACAGUACUGCAUCAUCAAAUAUAUUCCUUGGGAUUGCACACUAGUCCUACCACCGCAAACGUGGUUCAACCCAUGAGUGUGGCUUUUGGUGGUGGUGGAGGCGGCGGAGGUGGAGGAACUGAGUCCUCUAGUGAAGAUCUCAAUAAUGCCUUCCAGUCUAAAGCUGAGGGAGUGCCACCGCCACCGCCUUAUGUUUUAUCCAAGAAAAGGUUUAGGACAAAAUUCACUCAAGAUCAGAAGGUUAAAAUGAUGGAGUUUGCUGAGAGGAUCGGGUGGAGGAUCAAUAAGCAGGAAGAGGAGGAAGUACAGAAGUUCUGUGCAGAAGUUGGGGUGAAAAGGCGGGUUUUCAAAGUGUGGAUGCAUAAUAACAAGAAUAUGAAGAAGCAGCAACAGGAGGAAGAGCCACUGUGAGAGAGAAGCAAAAGUUAAAAUUAAAGAAGAUUAUUGCUUUAGGGGCUGAGGAAGAGGGAUGAAUAUAUAGAUGUAGAUAUUAAAAGCAUGGUUGGUAGAGGGCGUAGGAUGAGAUAUGAAAAAAAAAUGGCUGGGAUUAGCAAGAUUCUUGAGAGGAAAGUCUUUCAUGCCAGAGAUUUUUGUGUAAUUCCCAGCUAUGUUUUUUAUUUUGCUUUCUUCGUUUUUACCAUUGGAGUAUAUUGGCAUUUUCUGAA